UAUCGAAUAGCCACAAAGUCCCAGAAUCCCCCGCGCUGCUCGGAGAGAAGGUGACAGGGGACGGUGAAAAUGGCCUCUACUUACCUUACUCACCAGCAAAAAGUGUUGCGGCUUUACAAGAAAUCACUGAGACACCUCGAAUCGUGGUGCGUCUUUAGAGACAAAUACCGGUUCUAUGCCUGCAUGCUGCGGGCUCGCUUCGACGAGAACAAGACUGAGAAGGACAUGGUGAAGGCCACCAAGAUGCUGAAGGCAGGAGAGGAGGAGUUCUGGGCCAACCAGCAUCCUCAGCCCUACGUCUUCCCCGACUCACCUGGAGGGACCUCUUAUGAGAGAUACGAGUGCUACAAGGUCCCAGAGUGGAUGCUGGACUUCUGGCACCCCUCGGAGAAGGCCAUGUACCCCGACUACUUUGCCAAGAGAGAGCAGUGGAAGAAACUGAGGAUGGAGAGCUGGGACAAAGAGGUGGCCCAGCUGCAGGCUGAGAAUGAAGCCGGGGGCCCCAAAACCGAAGUCCUCCCUCCCGCCCGCAAGGAGGGCGACCUCCCCCCUCUGUGGUGGCAGUACGUCACCCGCCCCAGGGAGCGCCCCACAUAAACAGCCUGCACCUCCUGGGGUCACUCACACCUGCAGGCGGAGGCGAAGCUUUCCCAUCCGCACAGUGUGGCGGAUCUCUCAUUGAACCGUCUGUCGUCCGUUUUCAGAGGAGGAAACAGCCUGCCUGCAUUCACACUGGUUCUUCAGUAGGUUAAGGAGGUUGGUGACUUUGGGGAGUCCUGUAGAUGAAUCACUUCAUACCUGUAACUGUUCUAAUAAAUAAAUGUGUGAUGAAAA